CAGCAUAGAGGGUAAGAAUUACAGUUGCUCUCUGCUAAGAAAACAACACAGACCACAAUGUACAAGCUGGUGGUGUUGUCCUCCGUCCUGGCCCUGGUGGCCGCCAAGCCCAGCGGACUCGGACUCGGCCUCGGCCUCGGCCCUCUGGGCUUAGGCUUGGGAGCGCCGUGGGGAUUGGGCGCUCACCUAGGCGCCCCGCUGGUGGCUCCUCUCGCGGCUCCGCUUGCUGCUCCUGUGUUGGCCGCUCCUGUUGCUCACGCACCCGCUGUCGGCGUCGCCGGUCCUGCCGUGGUCGCCGCGCCCCUUGGUGGUGCUGCCCACAACUACAGGGGACCCGUGUCUCUCGCUCCCGGCCAGCCCGCCAGCAUCAUAGCUCAAGACGGCAGGCCCCUUGACACCCUCAGUGUGAACGCCGACCGCGCUGUGCACUACACCGCCCGGGUGGUAGACUCUGCCAUCGGAGGGCACGGACAUCUGCUUGGCAAGCGCUCUGCUCCUCUCCUUGGCGCACCGUGGGCUGGCCUGCCCGCCGCGCACGCGCUGGCGCCCGCCGCCCUCGCCCUGCCCGCCGCUGCACACCUCGGCUGGCGCGCACCAGUCGCUCCUCUGGGCUUGGGACCCCUGGGUCAUGCUGGCGUCUUGGGACCUCAUUGGUGAAAUACUGUGUAAAGAAAGUUUAGCAUAUUCGACAAUAUAUCUGCCUAUAGUUUAUAAAGAGAGUUACUCGUAAAAGCAUUUUUCUUUCAACAAAUCCUUUUUCUUUUGAAUGUGAUAAUAGAUAUGAGGGUGAAACUAAAAAUGCGGUCAAAACAAAAUGCUUCUUAGCUAAGUAGGUAUGGUAUCUGUGGUUGCCGGAAAAUUGUUGAAUUGAGCUCGCGAAAAUAUUUGUUUGUUUAUUAUGUGUGGGUUAAAUCGUAGUAUCUCAUUCUCUACGAGAAGUCUUGCAAUUUUGCAAGAAUUCCUUACAAAUGUUGGUGUCUUUCUGAUCUCCAUCUUGAUCUGAUUCUGGGUCUUAAAAGUUGUUUCGAUACUCGAGUGAGCUUGUUUAUUUUUGCAUUGUCUUCUGAAUUAUCACCUUAUUGCUAGAAACUUGUUUGAAGCUGGGUCUAUGGAACUUUCAUGGUGGGCUUGUUUAUGUUCAAAACUAUAACCGAUAAUAUUCUUCUUUACCUGUAUAUGUGUAUUAGCUUGUACAAAAUUAAAUUUUACGUCAUGUUA